CUUACAUGAUACGUAAAUAUGUAUAUGUGUACAUACAUUUAUAUAUUUAGUUCACAUCUGCCAAAAAAACUAAAUAGCGUUGGUACAACGAUGUAAGUUUUAUUGGUUGUUGGAAAAUUUUGGUUAUCAUAGGCUUGCAAAACAAAAUUUCUUUUUGAUCAUUAGAAAAAAAACGUGGUUUAGAAAUAAAAAUUUCGGUUAUUCGACGACAGUAUACAACCAUACAAUAUGUGUGUUCAUAUUUAUUAAUAUUUGCGUAGUUCCUCAGUAACUUUAAUGAUAAAUCACACCUUAUUCAAUAAAUAGCUAUUGAGUUUGUAUGGAAAUAAUUGAAAAGAUGAAUAACAUAAAUAAAUUUGUUGUUCUGGAUUCAUUGUCAUCAGAUGUACCGGAUUCCUCUGAAGAUAAAAAACCAAUCAGGAAAUUGUACAUUUCUAAUUUCAGGGGAAAAAUUAACAGGAAAAUCCUACAAGACACGUUUUCUGUGUAUGGACAAGUAAUCGAAUGCCGUGGUCCAUUUGUCAAUGUCAAUAGAUAUCAAUUUGCUUUUAUUACUUUUCUUAAUCCAGAACACGCUUUAAAAGCUAUCGAUGCUGGACGUAAAAAAAAAGUUCUAUUCAAUGGUAAACCAUUGCGCAUAGUGCCUUCAUUUCCCCAAACACAGCCUAGUGAAAAUGACGUAGAAAAAAUGUUAUCGAAACAACCCAAAACAAGUGAAAAAGCACAAAAGAAAAUUCCAAAACAGAAGAGGGAUCAAGCAGAUCAAAAAAUAGAGGGCAUCGACUAUAUAAAUCAGAUUGAUGAUGAUUGUUUGAUAAAUAUUUUUCUUUAUUUACCAAUUACUGAUCGUAUGCGAAUCGAACGAGUUUGCAAACGCUGGCAAGCCGUUAGUGCACGUUCUUGGCAUGAUAUUAGAACGUUAGACUUGACACAACAAUUGAUACAUUUGCCCAAAAAGAUUAAAAAGAUCAAAAACCGAGCUUUUGAGAAAAUCGUUGAAAGAUGUGGCCGUUUUUUGACAACAUUAAAUUUCUCUACAGUUAAUUUAGGAUGUAAUUCUGAAGUAUUACCAAUAAUUGGAGAACAUUGUAGAAAUAUCACCCGACUAACUCUACAAUUACACAAAUACCCCGUUAAAGACCUAUCCAAAUUAUUGGCACAAGUUGAAAAACUUCGGUAUCUAGAAAUAAAAGAUAUUAAAAAACAUUUUAAAAUUGAAGUUUUGGUAUUUUUGCCUCAUGAUUCGAUUGAGGAAAUACAUUUGUCGACGUUACAGUCUUACAAUUCUUUUGAUCCUAGUUUGAGAUCCUUGGGAAACCCCAAAAGUGCAGUAUUCCGUAAAUUACAGAAUUUACGCUCAUUGACCUUGAAUGGAUUUGUCGUUAGACAUGAUAACUUGAAACUUAUCGCUGAAAAACCUCAUUUAACUCACUUAUCACUAGCAAAUUGCAGCAUAAAAAAAAUAAAUAAACUGACGAUCUCAAGCAGUUUACAACAUUUGAAUCUUACUAAGGUUUUAGAAGUAUCCAAUACUUUACUCACUUCCCUUGCAUCAAAGUGUAAAGAGUUAAAGUAUUUAAAUAUAAAUAGUUGUUCAUUAGUGUCAGCUGCGGGAAUUUCAGCAUUAAUAUCAUUGCCCAGUUUAGAAGUAUUAAUGUUAGAUGAUAUUUAUGGAGUAUCAGACUCAACACUGAGUAGAUUUGUAACUUUACAUGAGUUACACUGCCAAAACUGUGAAAAAGUUCGUGAUCCAGGAAUCAUUGCAUUGAUUGAGACUGCACCUAAUUUAAGAUUCUUGAAUAUAUUUAAUACAGGUGUAACAUCAGACGUACUAGAUACUGCUGAUGCUGUUACAAAAAUACGUACCAAUAAUUUAAAGCUACAUCUUAUAGUCAGUUCACUUAUUUUGGAUGAAUGGGAGGGAGUUCCUGAACCUUCACCGCUUCUUGAAGUCGAAGCCAAAGAUGCUACCGUAUCAGAUGUAUCUGAUGAAUUUUUGUCCUAUGAUGGUGAUGAAGUAGGUCCUGAUGAUUUCUGGGAUCUUGGUGUCGAUGAGUUUGAUGAGUACGAUGACUUAUAUGGUAUGGAUGAAUUUGACUACAACGGGGGCAAUCCAUUCUUUAUAUUUUGAGUUCUUUUUUUUUUUUUUGAAAUAUUUAUAUAAUAACGUUAACUAAAUUAUUUUCAACAAUAAUGUUACAAUUCUUACAUCGUAAGUUUACUAAAUACAAUGUAAACAUUUUCAUUUAAACCUCCAAGUGUUUUCUAUAUAAUAAAUCAAUAAUUCCAUUUAA